AAAAUUAAUCUGUCAAGUUUCGAUUCCUUUAAAACACCAACCCUUCAGACAUUCUUCUAUUAAAUCCGAUUUUUUAUUUGAUACUCAAGGUCUAGCGUUCAAUGAGGCCGGUCAUAAAAGCCAUUAUCCACUCUAUAUAAAGACUACCAUAUUUUGGGAGUGGUAUAAUUUAGCAUUAAUUAAAAAUUAUCAAAAACGACGGGGCACACAUGAAAUCUUUCAGUCGUUCGUUCUAAAACGCAGUCAUUUAACAAAUCAUCAAAAUUUCCUAUAUCCUCAAAAAUUUGAGGAGUAAAAUCAUUUUCGUGGGUUCACGCGAAGAGAAUCCGAGUACUCGAGGAACCUUGCAACUGCGGCAACCUUCCAGGUCCUACCAUCCAUAGUCAGAUAUGCAGGCUUUGCGAACGGUGAUUCAAGGCCUCUCGACGCGAAAUGGCCAGAUUAUAUCCCACAUACGGAGAUCCAGUGGGAGCAGCAGCUUUCCCGAGUUGGUUUUUUUCGACGACCUCGACGACACGGAGCCGGAGGAUGAGCAGGGAGUGAUGAAUCAUCAGUGUCCCAUCCUUCACAGCCGCCACACUGAUCUGUUCUACAUGCCAAACUGCGUGGGUCCAGCGUAUCAGGGCCUUAUUUCUUCGGUGGAUCAGCCUUAUACCAGCAACUACUAUAUGGCCGAUGAACAGACUUUGGUCAAGGAAAACGAUACCAAUUUCGACUCUUUGGUAGCACCUACCGAAAUGUGUGUGGUGGCUUGCCCCAAGUUGCUGGUAACCUACAUGCGUCGCCUGUUCCAGCAUCCGUAUGCCCGCUUUGGCAGCUCGAUGAACUUCGGCAUGAUUGGAAUGCGAUACAAGGACACAGAUGCUAACAAGGCCAUACGCUCUUUCGUUCAUUUCGCCAGCUUCAAUUCGCGUGAGAUCAUGGAUAAUGGUUAUUGGGCGGACUUUAUUAAUCCCCUGACUGGUCGCGCCUAUUUCCGGGGCGCCCACUGUAUCCGGAAGCAGUCCCUGGAGGCCCAGCUCCUUGGCCGUGGCUUAAACCUAACCUUUGCCAAUGGCUGCACCAUCAUUGAGGAGGAGCAGAGUGACCACUUAACCGGUUUCAUAUUCACAGACACACCCUGCAAGGUCCUCGAGUCGUGGUAUUCGUAGGGAAUCAUGAAAUCACUGCACAGCUGCCCAUUUAAAUGUCUCUGAUUGUGUACACAUUAAAGUCCAGUUAAAAAACCCUGUCCACUGCCAUAUUCAAGAGGGAUAUUUUACAAAAUUUUACGUAAUUCUCGGACUUUCUCAUUUUGGUUAUAAUCAUGGAAAAUAUUCGAAAUAAUUGAAAAUUGUACAUGAUUUUUUUUCUACAAAGAUGGUUUCUAUUCCUGAAGACAAUGAUAUGAAAAGUGGCCCAAAUUUAAAAGGAUUUAUAAAAAUUGUUUU